AAUUUUUUACGAAAUUGCGUAGUUGGGAAAUUAUUGUCGGUAACAUUGACAGUUGACCGAAACGUACGAUCUUCAGAGCCGUCAAAAACAAUCAAGAACUUGGAUAACAUUAGUUGAAAAUCAGAAAAUAGCUUUCCCUCAAAAAAUGCAAUAAAUAUUACUCAAUUCUUUAUCGCAACCACAAAAAUAUAAAAAUGGAGAAGCAACCCAAGCUUACAUUGCUAAAGAAACGUAAACGCAAAUCCAGCACAACCCUUGCAGCUGCCUCCGAGCCCAAAACACUAAAGAUUGGAACCCCCGAGACAACAAUCAAGGCAAAAACAGUAUCGGAAACUAAAAACAAAACUGUAAAACAAAAGAAAAAUGCAACGAAAAUUACUGAUGAUAUUAAAACUAUGGAAGACGCCUUUAAAAAGUAUCCAGUAUUACAAGAUAAUGAACUUAUCAGCAAAUUUCGUAAGGUCCCUUUAAACAACAAUCAGAAAGGCCGCAUUAGACAAGCUAUUAACUUACAACUGAAAGACUCAUCUGCUCAACUCAUCCCAGAUAUAAUACAUGGCAAGAUCCAAGCUAUAUUAAAACGAUCAAAAGAUCUUACUGAUUCAGAAAUACGGAGAGUCCGUAUUCUAUACAAUAUGCUGACAACAUCAGUACAGAAAGUUAUACAAAAAUCAGAUACUGAAUCAGAAAGUGUUGAGCCAAAAACAGUCUCAAAAGAAAAGAAGAAGAAAGAAAAGAAGGUCAAAGUGAAAGUGGAGGGUGAUUUGGAUGAAAAAGAAAACAAAGAAAAGAAAGAACAGUUGGUAAACAAACCCAGGGGGCCAAAACGUUAUGUGGUGUUUGUAGGGAACUUGCCACUUGAUAUUGAUAAGGAAAAGAUAAUGGAUCACUUCUCAGAAAUAAAUGAACAAAUCAAAGAUGUGAGACUACCCAAGCCACUUGAGGGAAGGAAAAGUGCCAUAGCAUUCAUAGAGCUCAGCAAUGAACCCAGUUAUGAGAUAGCAUUGUCCAAACACCACUCUAUGAUGGGCAACAAGAGAAUAAAUGUUCUCUACACUGCACAACAGAACAGUAAAAUCAGUAAAGCUGAAGCUAAGAGCAAAUCCGCGAAACUAAUUGCACUUCAAAAGUCCGGAAAACUUUUAGGAAGCGUGCCUUUAAAUAAGAAGAGGAGUCAACGACGCAAGAAGAUGAAGGCUGCGCAAGCCAGGGAAGCAGCGGCAAGCGCGUAAUAUAGAACUUAACAUAUUACCUUAUGAAUAAAGUUAAAAUAGUAUACUAUGUUUUUUUUUUAUCAUGUUAUAUUAACCCUAAGAGUCUAUUAAAGCUUCAGUCUAUGA